AUGUCAUUGUUCGAGUUGACUGCGUCAUCUCCGAAGAUGAUCCCGCCUCCUCCUCCACCACCUCGUCUGGCUCUUCUGCCACCUAUAAGUCCCGCAACCCUAAUUGAAUUGCCGAGCGGUGAGCUCGGGAUUGAUGAAGGUAUUUUGCUCAAGUGGAAGGCGGAUUUUGGGUCUACACUGGAUAAUUGCGUCAGUCUUGGAGCCUCUAGUGUAAGUCAGACUGCGAAUAGUAAUGGAUUAUCUGGUGCUUGUACGGUUUAUAAUGAUAAUAAUGGGAAUAAUAUUGGAGCCGAGAACGAUAAUGGGAGCAUACCUGAAUCAUUAUCAUUUGGGUUGGAUAUUUUUGCAAAUGGUGGUCGUGGCGGAUCUGGAUGUUGUCGUGAUGGUGGNCUUAUUUAUGAAUUUUUCCCUACGACAAAACGUAGAAGAUAA